AAUUGAAAUCGCUUGGCGUUCACUUCAUAUUCACAAUGAUUGUGUUACUGAUUUUGCUAGCGUUAGCGGCGCUGCUGUUCGUCUAUUUGAGGUGGACGUUCAGUUUCUGGGAGCGGAAGGGAUUCCCCUAUAUUGAGGCAAGCAUACCCCUUGGCGCCCUGGACUCGGUGCGCCAGAACAAACGAUCGUUCGGCUUGGCCAUGUAUGACAUGUACCUGGCCAGCAGUAAACCCUUCGUGGGCAUCUAUCUUACGUUGAGGCCUGCGCUGCUGGUGCGCGAUGCACAAAUCGCCCAUGAUGUGCUGACCACGGAUUUUGCCCAUUUUCACGAUCGUGGCGUUUACGUGGAUGAGAAGCAUGAUCCCUUGUCCGCGAAUCUGUUCUCCAUGGAGGGCAGCAGCUGGAAAUCAAUGCGCAAUAAGUUAUCGCCAUCAUUUACAUCGGGCAAACUGAAGGGUAUGUUUGGCACUGCGGAGGACGUUGCGGACAAGAUGAUGGCUCAUUUGAAUGGAAAAAUAGAGCAGACGGGCACUGUAGAAGUCGAUAUGAAGAAUUUAAUGUCAUCCUUUGCUAUUGAUAUUAUUGCCUCGACGAUAUUCGGUCUGGAUGUCGACAGCUUUUUAAAACCCAACAAUGAACUGCGUCACAUAAGUAAUGAGAUUAAUAAGCCGACUGCUAAGAAUAUUCUGCGUGGAACAACAACCUUUUUAUAUCCCAGGCUAGAGAAAAUUUUCAAUCGCUUGGGCUGGCAAUUUUCUGGCCAGAAGGAAAUGCGAGAUCUGGUAUAUCACACGAUUUCAGUUAGGGAGAAGAACAACAUUGAGCGUCGUGACAUAUUGCAACUAUUGCUGCAGCUCCGCAACACCGGCCAAAUCAACAAGGAUGAUGGCGUCUGGUCGGCUCAAGUAGCUGGACACAGCUUCAAGUCGCUGUCAAAGGCCAAUAUUGCUGCACAGAUGUUUAUUUUCUUUUCGGCCGGCUAUGAAACGACUGCAUCAACGGCAGCUUUCACUCUAUACGAGCUGGCACAGAAUCCGGAUGUGCUGGCCAAGCUGAUGGAGGAUAUCAAUCAGACACUGGCUAAGCACAAUGGAGAGCUCAACUAUGAUUGUAUACAGGCCAUGAAAUAUCUGGACUUGUGCAUAAUGGAAACCACUCGCAAAUAUCCAGCUCUACCGCUGCUGAACCGCAUGUGCAACAAGGACUAUCCGUUGCCAAACAGCAAGCUGGUACUUGAAAAGGGCACAGAAAUUAUCAUAUCGGUGAUGGGUUUGCAUCGUGAUGCCGAAUAUUUUCCAGACCCACUCAGAUAUCAACCGGAACGCUUCACAGAGGAGCACAAAAACUAUACGCCUGCCGCCUAUAUGCCCUUCGGGAUCGGACCCCGUCAGUGCAUUGCUGCCAGAAUGGGCAAGAUGAACGUGAAGAUUGCCCUGACCAAAAUACUGACCAACUAUACGAUUGAGAUGCGGAAGGAGGUGCGCGAGCUUGAAUUCACUGUUAACGGAAUAACUCUGCUCCCAAAGGGUGGUGUACCCGUGAAGCUCUCUAAGAGGAUGUAGCCCAACAGCACGACAACCCUAUUCAACUGUGGAUAAUCUAACCUAUACGCUCUCGCUCGAAAGAACUAUAUUGACCAUCCCAGGCGGAUAAGGAUCUUCUCUUGUCUGGCAGAUGAAGCAUAACAAUUUACAUAUAUAUAGUUUUAUAAAAAAAAUCACUGAAGAUGGCUUUAAGAUAGGUUUCCAAACGGAAUUAUCCUUAUUUUGAUAGUGGCAAUAAUAAAAAGAAAUCUCUUUCAUUCACCCAGACUAAAAACUGUACUGCUUAACUUAAAUUAUAUUAAUUGUAGUCUAGUUAAUACUCAACCUUAAGAUUCAUUAAUAUUAUUAAUUAUUAAUAAAUACCCAAUUGUGUGCUGAUCAGCAUCGA